CUUUGAAAUACUCCCCCGCCUUGGCGCCCGAACGUAACCGUCGCAACCAACAGCUUUCGCUUCCCCUCGCCGGAGCUCCAAGAAACCAAGAACCCAUCAUCCCCACCUCCACCGCGCAGCGCCCAUCGACAGAUGGAGCAGUUCCAGGACGGCCACCACGUGCGGCUGCGGAGCCGCGAGCACGGCAUGUACCUGCACGCCGACAAGGACGGCCGUGGCGUCUCCCUCCGCCGGCCCCGGGCGUCGAUGAACGCGGCGUGGGCGGUGCACUUGUUCCAAGGCGAUGACGAUGCCCAGUACGUGCUCCUCCACAGCGCCGCCUACGGCGGCUACCUGACGGCCAUGGACGCACCGGCGCCGCUAGGCCACUGCGGGCGCCGCGUCGAGCAGCGCGACUACGACGAACGGGAGGAGGAGGACGUCAGGUGGCAGCCCGUCAGGUUCGGGAGCGGGGACUACAUCCUGCUCCGCCACGCCAGCGGCCGCUUCCUCCGCGCCAACGGGAAGUACCUCCCCUGGAACAACGGCGCCAGCGUCGACGACUUCGACACCGUCAGCACGAUGACGCACUGGGUCGUGGAGCGCAUCCCCGCCAGGGAGGGCAUGCCUGAGCUCCCCCUCGCCGGAGGCCUGGACGUUCUGUUGCCGCGGCGGUGGAUCGUGUACGCCUCGGCGGGCGCCGAUGGGGGCCCCUUCUUCUGGGCUGCGUUGGGGUUCAAGGGGAGGUCUGUGUUCCGCCUGAGGAGCGAGCUGGCCAGCGAGAUAGGCAUCGGCAUGAACGACCUCGUCAUGUGCGUCCAGGAGGGCACUAACGGGCGGCCUACCCCACUCGUCGUCAACCUACCCCGCCGCACGCGGACCCUUUACAUCGUCGUCCUCAUGGCCGGGGAGCCAGCCCCAGCCAACGUCGAGCUGCGGUACCCGGAUGUCGGUGCAGAGUAGAAAAGGAUAAGAGCAGGACUCCCGACCGUCGCCUCUGACACGAUGACAUGAGAACUCAGAACUGCAUUUUGCAUUGAGAUAUAGGUUUAGGGAAACCCCAGCAGCUCUUGUGAUUCUGCUAGCUGAAACUGAUUCAUUUUCCAGACAGGAGGAACCACUGUGGUUCUGAACUUCAGAACCAGUGUGAACAUUGGUUCGUAAUGUUUGCUUCUUCUUCUGGCUGCUGCUUCAGCGCUGCUGCCGAGUGCAUUUCUUUUAGGUGUCGCAGAAGUUAAUUGAGCACUCCACUUUAACUGUGCCUUUUCAGGUUUCAGUCCAUCAGCAGAAAAUGAAUUUUUA